AUGAUGGAAGGGCAGCAGCAGGCCAAGACGGUGAAACGGCCACGGCCCGUCAAGAGCUGCAACUCAUGCCGCCAGCGCAAGCUACGCUGCGACCGCACAUGUCCGUGCUCGCAGUGUGUCAAGUCCAAUCGGCCUUGCAAAUACGCCAAUGACCAGGACGUCGGCGGCAAUGCGAGCUACUCCGAUGGCGGCAGCGAUGUCGAGGCCAGCAGUCCUCGCCCAGCCAAGCGUGUCCACCGCGUUGCCCCACCGCAGUACCUCCCUGAUGCUGGACUGCCGUCACAUGCGCAUGUGCAGAACGGUCAGGAGCAUCGGUCGGCAAGCGCAUCGUCGUCAUUGCUGGACGUUUUCGGGGCGCGACUGGAGCGCCUGGAGAGACUCGUUCUUUCAAAAGGCAGCCCUGGUGCCGCAGAAUGGGGCCCAUCAUCAAGAACCCAUCACGAUGCGGGAUUCACCUCGGUAGCUGGGUCUCCGGGCAAGAUCCGUGGUCUCAGUGUGAAGGGGAACCUGCGAACCCGUCUCUUUGGCCAAAAUAGUACGCGCGUGUUGCUGAAUCUGUUUGAUGAGGCUAGAGACUUCAUUCUCAACUCGUCCAAUAAUGAGAACCUCAGGGAGCUCUUCGUUCAGCUUCAGAGCAUUUAUAGGGCAAUGCAGGAGGAGCAUCGCAAGGCACUUUCGCCCAUUACUGUCUUCAUAGACUCCAUGGUUCCUGUCCAAAAGCGCAUGGCGGAUAUCCUCCCGAAGAAAGUGGCCUGUGACCGCCUGAUCGAAGCGUACAUUGGCGCGUCUGAAGGCUUAUACCGCAUCAUCCAUAUCCCUUCCUUCCGUGCCGAAUAUGAUCAAUUCUGGCAGACAAAUCGGCCCAGCGAUGGUUUUCUCCCACGGCUGUUGUGCAUGCUCUCCAUUGGCGCGCGUUUCGAGACCGACUCGCGCGGCCUCAGUCAUGAUAGGUCUGAUGGCGUACAUCUUCCUACUGCUUGCGCGCUCGUCAGAACCUAUCUCGACAGCCUGCGCGGCAAGCAGCUGGUCGACAUCAACACACUACAGUCAGAGGUCUUACUCCUUCAUGCACAGCGGAUGGUCUCAACACGGCAGCAAGAAUCAUGGACACAGCUUGGCCUAAUUGUCCGGAUGGCUAUGACAAUGGGUCUCCACCGCGAUCCGUCCGAGUUCCCCCAGAUCAGGCCGUUCUUUGCUGAGACUCGUCGUCGGCUGUGGUAUACCAUUGCAGAUAUGGAUCUUCAUGUCGCCCUAGCCUGCAACCUUCCCUGCGCGAUCCGAGAUGGCGAGUACACUUGUCGUCCACCAAGCAACCUGGACGAUGAUGACAUCCAUCCAGACAUGACGAGGCUUCCAGAGCCGAAACCCAUUGACCAAUACACCAACACGCAACUGCAAGCCUACGCCGCGCGAACACUUCCCUACCGCAUCCGCGUUUCUACCAUCAUCAACCGCCUCGAUAGUCUGCGCGACUUCCAAGAAGUCCUCGACUGCGGCGCACAACUCGAACGCAUCCUUGAUGAUAUCCACUGCUUAUUCCCACGCAACCAUGCACUUGAUCCUCGCGGAAAGUUCAAAGAGUGGCGCAUGCGUGCGCUACUAGAUAUGCAUGUGCGCCGACCACUGCUUGCACUGUACCGCCCGUUUGCACUAAGCACAGUCGAUUGUCCGGCUCACAUUAGUACGAGCUAUCUCAAGUCUAGCAUGACAAUGCUCACCUACAUGGACGAGCUAGAUCCACGUAUGCCAGGCUUUGUGGAUGUCAGCCAUAUGUAUAAUGUCGUCUUGAAACACGAUAUCAUGCAGGCAGCGUUUAGCGUCUGCUACUACAUCAAAUCUGCCCGCGAGAGUCAAGCGUCUGGCAUGAAUGGUUAUUUGGGCAGUCCUGAGGUUAUUGAAAUGCCUUUCGUCAACGCACUGGAUCCUCGAACGAUAUGGAGCACGCUGGGCAUGACGAAGACGGUCGAGAAGACACUUGAUGCUCUGAUUGGUCUAGUAAAAGACUCCAGUUGCGAUAUGAAGGACGUAGUAGUUCUGUCCGUCGUGCUAAAUUCUGUGAAAGCGGUCCCGACUGAACAGAGGCUAGAGACCAUCAAAGGCGGUGUGAGGAGGGUGAUAGAUGCUUGUCUGCAAGCACUGAAUACAAGCUCUGAGGCAAUGUCCUCGAUGACGGUGAGAUAG